CGAGCUUAAAAUUCUGCUAUAUAAACAUACAACUUUCAUUUUUAUUCAACACCGCUGGUUGAGCGUUUUCUAAAUUAAAAUUUCAUUCAACUGCCAAAUAAUUCUUUCAACCUGAAAUGGUGUUUCUUCAAAACGAAAAUUGUGUUGGGUCUACAUUUGAUAAGAAUUGGAAGACGUCUAUUUUUUCCCCUCUGAGAGAAAAAGAUAAAAGUCAGAUUGAAGAAACGAAAUCAUUAACAGGAGAAUCGGAACUACAAAAAUCUGAACUGUCUCAAAAAUUGGAUUCUAAAAUAACAGUAGGUUCAGGAUGGUUUUCUGUAAAGUUUCUAUUCCCAUGGCAAGAUGUGUUUUAUGAUAAUGAAGGAGGAGAAUCAUUUAUGUCACUUUUUUGUAGAGAUGAGAUUGGGAAAGUGAAACAUCAGCCAGUCUACAGGCCUUUUUCGAAAUCAUAUAAAGCAGUUGAAUCCUAUAAACUUUCCAUUGUUCCGGAGAAUCGCUGUCAAAUUUUUCCUUUGUUUAAAAUCAACAUUUGUGAGAGUGAAGAAUGUAAAAUUGAGAAGUGCUUGACUUUGUGUGUCAGCUCGAACGACGAAAUUGUGGUUGCAGACAGUACUGAGCCGAAGCUGAAGUUCUUCAGCAAAGAAGGUAAGAGGCUGCGAGAGAUUGAUCACAAGGUUCAGAAGCCCGCUCGAAUUUCAACUUGUCCUCUGACGGAGAACAUCGUAUUGUUUUGUAAUGAGCCCACAUUCAUGAUAAAGGUAUUUUCGCCAAUCGGAAAGCCGAGUCAUGCCUUUGUGUGCAAGAUUGACUCUAAAAUCGUGGACAUGUGCAUCGACACGAAAGGUCAGUUUCUGUUGUUGACGCGCAAGAAAAAUCAAGUCCUCACGUACAAUGCAGUCGGGAAGCUAAUCAGUUAUUUUGACGUCGAAGAGGUCAUGUGGGAGAGCAGGAUAACUGUCAACAAACAAGGAAAAAUAUUCAUAAGUGAUGUCGUUGAGCACUGCAUCCAUGUGCACUCAUAUGAUGGUCAGUACAUACGAAAGAUAGGAGGACUCGGGACCACCAACUAUCCAGCAUUCAUCAAAAUCGGUCUGAACAACGAGUUGAUUGUCUGCAGUAACAACAGUUUCUUCAACGUCACCAUAUUCGACCAGAAUGGAACAUUUAUGGGCGGUCUGGCAAGUAGCGUCGACAUUGGUCAGUGUGUGGACGCCUGUCUGAUAGCUGAAAGUUCCUUAGUUGUGACCACUAAUGACGGAUUUUUGUAUUUCUUCAAACUUCCUUGCUCCGUUAUGGAUAAGCUAAUCGCUCCAGGUAAAAAGUGCCCAAAAACGGAUAAGAUUUCAGAAGAGAUGGAGAAAGAAGUGAUAACUCUGUUGAACGAUGACAACAAUGAAAAAUGCAUCACUGAAGACAAAACUUCUCUAACAGUUGAAAAAUUCUUAAAUGUAAAGAAAUCAAACAGUAGCGAGUCAAUUGAUGUUAUGCAUAUCAGUGACGAGUCAGAGCCAGAGGAAAGCGAUUUUUCUUUAAUCUCAUUACACAAUGAUUUUGCCAAUAAAAAUUUGUCAAACAUUGCUCGACUGUGGAAUGAUAUUUCUGGUGAUGAAUUAACGACGUCCCAUAGAAAUCUCUGGAACAGUCAGUUAGGUUAUUUCAGUUCAGAGUAA